AUGCUCAAGAUAAGUCCGAAAAAUAAGGCGGAAGACAAGGGGAAGCGACCAACACCACGGAAGCGGGUCUCUAAAAUAAAAAGAACGGCGGAUGAUGAGUAUGGUGGAAGCGAGCCCGGGCCGACUGACGACGGCACCAUCGAUGCUAAGGACGAUCCUGGGCGAGGGAGCGAGUUCAAGGCGGAAGCAUCGCAACAGCGUCUGACGCUGCUCCAGCCGACCGUGGUCGAAGUAUCUGAUGCCGUAGUCGAGAAGGACAACGGUGGGGAGAAAAAUUCAAUGGAGGAGGAACACGACAUCGCCAACGUCGGCCGCCGCAGCCAUGAUGAUGCCGCUAUUGGCUCUCCUCCUUCAGGUGGACGUGGGAGGCGUAGGCAGAGGAAGAGCGAGGGGGAGGAAGAGGAUGACACCGCCCUAGCCGGCGCCAUCACUACGCGGGCGAAGAGGCGGCAGACGAAAGGCAGUGCUGACAAAGGGGGAGGUGCGGAAGUUGGGGAAACGCAAGGCGCCAGGGAAGCAAGUGGCAAGUCGAUGGGUGCUGCAUUGCGCCAGAAGGGCCGGAACGGAGCGUGGAAGAAAUCUGGCGGAAGAAGGGGCAAGCAAGCAGCGAGGGGGAAGAGGCCGAAACACCAUGAAGAAGACGCUGAGGAUGCAGAGGAGGAUGAGGGGGAUGAGGGGGAGGAGGAGGAGGAGGAGGAGGAGGAGGAGGAGGAGGAGGAUGAGGAGGAGGAGGAGGAUGAGGAGGAGGAGGAGGAGGAGAAGGAGGAGGAGGAGGAGGAGGAGGAGGAGGAGGAGGAGGAGGAGGAGGAGGAGGAGGAGGAGGAGGAGGAGGAUGGUGAGGGGGAGGAAGAGGUGGAGGACGAGGAGGAUGAGGAGGAGGAGGAGGAGGAGGAGGAGGAGGAGGAGGAGGAGGAGGAGGAGGAGGAGGAGGAGGAAGGGGGGGAAGAGGAAGAGGAGGAGGAUGUGGCGGCAGAUAAGCUUUCCCCUUUCCCUUAG